AUGACAAGUCCAGAUCCAGGAAAGCAGCCUCAGACAAAGGAUGCAACCUCAAUGCCUUUGUCACCAAUAGUAAAGCCGGACGGUGAAUGGAACACCUGGAGGCAGUCCUACAUCACCACAGCUCCUCCUCCAUCAGUGCCGGCAUUAACUCCAGAAAAUGAAAUGUCUGCCGAGAAGCAACCAAAGGAUGAAACUCCAUCCAACGACGAUGCAUUGGAAGUGUCUCGCCAGUGGAUUGUCAACAAGAGCAAAACCCAAGCUUUGAAUGGAAGUCAAUUGGGUACUCUGUUGCAUCGGUUGCUCUGCGAACAAGAAGAAAUUAUGGAUCGACAGAUUUCCAAACCAUGGACCAUUAUUAGACCGAAACUAGCGGAUGUACCACAGCAACUUGAAAAUGACGGAACCAUUACAGAUACGCAAGAGUCCAAAGACGAGGAGCUGUCCACCAUAUCAUCGUUCUCAUCCUCUCAGUCCAGCAUGCUGCGACAAAUCGAAUGGCACGUAGUUUUGCUACUGGAGCUGUGGAUCCAACACGGAGAGCGAUUGGUCCAAGAGCUAUACCCACGAUUGCUAGUCUUGCAAUAUGCUCGACAAGAGGCUCAAAAGAAGGAGGAAAAGAUAAAGCGAAAAUGGAAAAGAAUGAACCGACCUGGCAACCAAAAUAAGGCAGUCAAGAAGAAACUGAAACAGUCCAAGCACGGUGGGAAGGAACCAAAAUCAUCCUUGUCCAAAUUCUCGGCUUCCAAAUUUCGAAUCAAGCAACUUGCCAAAUACCAAAAGGUCAUGGAACAAACACCUGCUCUUGUCAACCGCAUGCAAACCGCCACACCCCAAGACAAGGAGUUGCAACUUUUGAAUCACAUUGCCACCAUUGUAUCGCAAGCUGCCUUUUUUCUUCCCGGGAACGAAAGCAUGACUGCCUUUUUGACAUCCAAGUGCCUUUCGCCAAGAAUUUGGAAAGUGCUUCCUCAAGUGGUCACUCAUGUCUAUGACGAUUUGGAGCGAUCCAAUCCUUACCUCGAACUUGUGGAAACCGAGGAUCCAUUCCCAUCGAUUAAUAUUUUGACCACCACCAAAAAGAAAAAGAAAAAAAAGAAAACCUUGAAACCAAAACAAGAGGAAGAGAAAAAGGAAGAGCCGGUUGGUCGACCUAAAUUGUUGCAAAAGAAGAAUCGAUUUCAAACCGGUGCUGGUCACUUUUACCAUCGAUCUCGGGCUGCGCAAAGUAGUAUGUCCAAGGUGCUGGAACACCUUUCACCAGUAAGAAACAAAUCAUCCAUUGCCCUAGCCAGUGCUAGUAGUACUGGCAAGAACAAUCGGUUUCUCUCCCGAAAAUCCUCUUCCGAAUUGGUGACUCCACAUCUUGGAAAGAACAAAUCGGCCAAGCAGGGAUCUGUGAACAAGACACCCAAGCUAUCUCUAAGCAGCACCACUUCCUCCAAGAAGAAGACCAAGGCCAGCAUGACUCCAUCCGCCACCACCACGGCCAACAAAGCAUCCCGAAAACCAGCACCUGUGACUACAGCCAAAAAGGAGGAUCGUCGUCCAAAGAAGAUAAAGCCGAUAGAUCCUGUCAAAUCUAUUCGAAGAGAUGCAGCAGAAUUUCCAUUGCCGGUUCAAUUGCUGCAAACAACCAACGUCCAAUCUCCUGAUUGCAAGCUAUCCCGAGCAAAGGAGGAAGACAAUGUCAAAACAAAACGAUCGCGAUCUCAAGGGCUCUUUCCUUUGUCUCCAAUCCCAACCAACAGAUCGUCAACGAGCGAAAGCACGAUUGCUGCUGCUGCUGUGCUAAAGACACCCACCCGCAAACGUCGAUCUGAUUCACUACUCUCAACAACGACGACACCUGUCCGCAAACCAUAUCUGGAAGCUGACGGUCGCGAAAACGAACGAAAUCAUGGAAACAAGCGUCCACCAAAUGCUCCCUUUUUGACACCCCAACGCUAUCAUUGUCAAAAAGUGGCCGAAACACCGGAUUCCUCCACCUUUCCUGCACCAAAGAAGGCUGCCUAUGCCACUCCGGUGCGUCGACGGUGUUAUACGAAUAAUGCAGUGGUAGCCGAAACUCCCGACACCAGUGCUCCUGCCAAGCUCCUCGAAAGAUGCAACGAAAGUGUCGUUGCAGAAACUCCUCAACGACAACCAGAAACAGUGGCCGAAACUCCGCAACAUCCAACCACCACUGGUGUAGUUGCUGAAACACCCGAACAAGAGGAAGAAGUGGAAGAAGUCAAUAAGGUUGCUAGCAUUGGUGGUUUUGAUUCGAUUGAUUGGGAGACACCCUCGUCUCCCUCGCAAGGAGGAAGUGAUGUCAUUGUGGAACCAUUGCAACUCUUUACCAAACCACCAGAAGCCAAGAAACCACGCCGGGUGUACAGUUUGGGCGGCGGUAGGAGCAAACAACCACAACAACAAGAAAAGAAAACCGACAAAGAUGAAAUGAAAGACCGACGAAUGGCUACCAACGCUGUUCUGACCCAGGCCAUGGCCUUUAUGCGACGCAAAUCAUUAGAAAGAUCUAGCUAG